AUGCUUCUUGCGGCCCACAUCGUCAGUGCCAUGCAGAACGACAAGUAUCAGGUCCAGGUCCCGGAUGGCAUCAACGAGCUUCUCCUGCUAAUUGGUUCCAUCGCAAUGGUGGCAGCGGCGACAAUCUCCUUUCUACCCUUUUUCCGCCGUCGCAUCUACGAGCUCUGUCUGAGGACCCACCAAGCACUUGCUGCGCUGGCAGCGGUGGGGGCCGCGCUGCACUUGCUAUCGGUUGCUGGCCGGCUCAGGCUGUGGGUGUACAUCUACCUUGCUGUGACGACACUGGCAACCUUGGUCCAGGGCUGCUUGAUGGCUUUUCGCAACAAGGCUUUGGGACAAACGUUUGGACGAGCCUACAUCGACCACGUUACGGGAACCGUGCAGGUAUCAAUCAAGCUGUCGAGGCCACUCAAGUUCGAGGCGGGACAGUACCUGUUGUUGUGGAUCCCGAGAGUCCGACUGUUUGAGUGCCAUCCCUUCGUCGUGACUUCGUGGGCGGAAGCGGAACAAAGCAUCGUCGAUCUCUUCAUCAAGCCCCGACGAGGAUUCACUUCCAGCCUGGUCCGAUAUUCUCACGGGCACGUCGUGCCCCGACUGGCCCUCCUCUCUGGGCCACACGGCGUCAGCGUGCCGGUGUGGGACUAUGAGGCGGUGCUCAUGGUGGCUACGGACCACGGGAUUUCUGCCCAGGCUCCGUACCUGAAGAAGCUUGUGUACGGAUACAACCACUGCAGAGGCCGCACGCGGCAGAUACACCUUAUUUGGCAGGUAACCAACCUUGGGAUCGUACAUGCGGCCGAGUCAAUCCUCAACCCUAUACUGAACGAUGACACGCUCGACGAUGGCUACAUCCUCGAGAUUUCCAUUUACUAUGACAUGCGGGAACAAGGAAUGUCCGUCGAAGAUGUCAAGAUGCUGAUCCCGGGUUGCACCAGCGACGAGCUGAUAACCAAAAGCGCUUCGACGCACACCCUGAGCGCGUCUGAUGUCGAACGGCUGGUGACCAAGCAUCUUUACGGCGGCACCGGUCGGUCACACGGUACGCCGACUCGUGUGAGGGAUUUCGGGACGAGAGCGCGACUUUACGUGGGCAGUCCCGAUCUCGCGGCAGGCCUAUGGAGCGAGGCAUCACGCAUCGUCGAUCGCACAGUACAAGAAGCAGUUGGAAAGACGGGAGACAUGUUGAUUCUUGUAUCCGCCGCAAACAAAACACGGGACGCACUUUGCGACCUUGCGGGAGGUUUCCUGAUCGAAAAAAACCAUCCUCUGUACGACGAGUAUCGCAAAGAACAAGCUAUCCGGGAAUACCUUGAGACCAAUGUCUGGCUGCGGGAGCUUGAUUAUCAGCCGACGGAUUGA